AUGUCGAUGUCCAUUGAGGAAUGCGCAACUCCCCGGCCCCCAAAGCCAACCCCGCCAACGCCCGAAAAUGUCUUUGACCAGCUCUCCAUGAAAGAUCGAGUGGUGUGCAUUACAGGUGCUUCAGAUGGCAUUGGAUGGGCGGUUGCCGAAGCCAUGGCAGAGGCCGGAGCCAAUCUGGCCCUCUGGUACAACACGAACGACGCAGCCAAAUCCAAGGGGGCACAAUUGGCGUCUAAACACGGUAUCACGGUCAAAGCUUAUCAAGUCGAAGUUUCAGACCCGUCGCGAGUGCAACAAGCUGUCGGGGAGGUGGCCAAGGACUUCGGCCGUCUGGAUGUCUUCGUUGCAAACGCCGGGAUGGCCAUUUCCAAGCCAAUCCUCGAGCAAACGGUGGACGAAUAUCGAAAGCAGAUGUCAGUCAACGUGGAUGGUGUCUUUUUCUGUGCCAAGUACGCAGGAGAGGUCUUCAAGCAACAAGGCCGGGGGAACUUGAUCAUCACGUCUAGCAUGUCGGCUCACAUUGUCAACGUUCCCGUGGACCAGCCGGUCUACAAUGCCACCAAGGCCGCUGUGACCCAUCUAGGCAAGAGCUUGGCGCGAGAGUGGCGGGAUUUUGCACGCGUCAACAUCGUCAGUCCCGGGUUCUUCCAGACAAAGAUGGGAGCCUCACCGUUGUGCGAGAACGAGGGGCACCGGAUGGCAGUGCUUGGGCGUCAAGGGCACGUGCGGGAAAUCAAGGGUCUCUAUCUGUAUCUGGCGAGUGAUGCGUCGAGCUUUCAGACUGGAAGCGAUGUUCUCAUUGACGGAGGCUAUACUUUACCAUGA